AAUGAGUGUUUACUUUGUGGGAGUAGACGUUGGAACGAGCAGCGUUAGGGCGGCUUUAGUAAAUGAUAAUGGGAAAAUUUUAGAUCAAUGCGUAGAGGCGUUAACUAUAUGGAAUCCUCAGCCGGGUCAUUACGAACAGUCGUCGGAGGAAGUGUGGAAUUGUGUUUCCCGAACAAUACAAGCAGUAACAAAAAGCGUUGAAAAAGAAAGCAUUAAAGGAAUAGGUUUCGAUGCUACAUGUUCUUUGGUUCUAUUAGGGGAACAAGAUAAACAAUUGAGCAUUAGUACCACAGAUGAUCCAAGAUGUAAUAUUAUGAUGUGGAUGGAUCAUCGAGCAAAGGAUGAGGCUGAUUUUAUCAAUGAAACUAGAAAUGAAUGCCUUAAUUACGUCGGAGGAAAAGUCAGCCUCGAAAUGCAAAUUCCAAAAUUAAUUUGGUUAAAAAGAAAUAAACCUGAAAUUUGGGAGAAAACUGUUCACUUUAUGGAUUUAACUGACUUUCUUACUUAUAAAGCAACUGGCUCAACUACAAGAAGUUUAUGUUCUCUUGUUUGCAAAUGGAACUAUUUGCAAACUAAGGAAUUUCAAGGUUGGAAUAUUGAUUUCUUUAAGCAAGUAGGUUUAGAAGACUUAGCAGAGGAGAACUUCGAAAGGCUUGGAACAGAUAUUAAGAGUCCGGGUACCCCUUCUGGUAAUGGGCUAACAAAUGAGUCUGCGGAAAAUCUUAAUUUAUCUGUUGGAACACCUGUAGCUAUUAGUCUAAUAGAUGCUCAUUCGGGGACAAUCGGUUGUUUAAGCUGUAAGAAUGAUUCAGACUCUCCACUAAAUUCAAAAAUGGCAAUAAUAGCGGGCACAUCAGCAUGUCAUAUGAUUCUUUCUGAAGAGGAAAAGUUUAUCCAAGGAGUAUGGGGACCGUAUCGAUCUGCUAUAUUGAAAGACUGGUUCCUAAAUGAAGCAGGACAGAGUGCAGUUGCCAAAUUGAUAGAUUACGUUGUUGAUAGUCACCCAAGUAAAGAUUGGAUUAAGGAAGAAGCUAAAAGCAAAAAGAAACACGAUACAGAAAUUUUACAUGACGUACUCAAAUUUAUGUCAUCUAGAGAUGGCAUUCCAGUUUACCAAUUGGCAAAGAAAUUACAUAUUUGUCCUGAUUUCCAUGGCAAUAGAUCUCCUUUAGCUGAUUCGAACAGACAAGGAAUGAUGGUUGGAUUGUCAUUGAACAGCGAUGUUGAAGAUUUGGCAAUCAAAUAUCUUGCGACAAUUCAAGCACUCGCGUACGGUACUCGACACAUUAUUGAAACUAUUAAAGAGAAUGAUAUAAAUAUUCGGACAUUACACAUAUGUGGUGGUUUAUCAAAAAAUCAGCUAUUUUUACAAACUUUGGCUGAUGUUUGUCAAAUGAAUAUUAUCGUUCCCGACUGUCAAAGUCCAGUACUUUUAGGAGCAGCAAUAUUGGGUGCUUGCGCUUCAAAUUACUUUACUAGCUUAUUGGAAGGUACCACUCGUUUCGCUUCUGAAGGUCGUUCUGUUCGACCUCUAAAUAACACUAAAGGAUAUCACGACAACAAAUACGCAGUUUUUCUUCGAUUACUUAAAGAUCAAGAAGAUUAUAUUAACUUAAUGGAAAAUUAG